UUCCUAGAAGAAAAAGAAAAAAAGCAUGACAUCCCUGAUUAUGACUGGAUGUUUUGUAUGUUUCACUUCCUAUCUCUAGUUAAAUCAGCUGAAGUUCCGGAAUUUUUAAUUUCAUUUUCGGCGGAAGCAUCAUUAUGAGGAUGCUUUUGGUGAUUCUUCUGUCUCUGUUGUCCGCCUCUGUCAGUCAAAACAUUGAUGAAGUACCAAGUGUGGAAUUAACUGAUUUAGAAUCCCCUUUGAGCAAUGAAACAACUGAACAAAAUCCUGGGUCUGCAAAUGAAUAUGAUCAGGAAUUUGCAACUCCAACGAUUCAAGAUACAUCUGAAGUGGAAAUAAUAGAAAAUUCAGGGGAAGUCUUUGAAGAUGAACGCUCAGAUGGCACUUGUGGAAGUCCAAUUGUUAUAAGCAAUACCCUUGUAGACGGAAAGAAGAACACUGAAUAUGAAGUAGGGACGGAAUUAACGUAUUCCUGCGAAUUUGGAUACGCAACAGAUGGUGCAAACCACAUUUCUCGUUGUGUUGUACUUAGAGAAGGUGAUAAACCAACAUGGACGGAUCCAGAUAUCAUGUGCAUUCCUAGAUCUUGUGGAGAUCCUGGAUUCGUGUUGAAUGCACAUCGCAUCGGUUCUCGAUUCACUUUUCCCAACCAAGUGUCUUUCGAAUGCGAUGACGGUUAUGAGUUGAUGGGAUCUGGAAUUAGGUAUUGUCAAGUGAGUGGAAGGUGGAGUGGAUCUCUGCCAUCCUGUAAAAAGAUAUUUUGCGAACAACCCUUUCAUCCUGAAAACGGGAGAGUAUUCUUUACCUCUCUGGAAUACGGAUCUCAGUUGAAAUAUGAAUGCGAGACAGGAUUCAUUCUUAAGAACUAUCAGACAAGAACUUGUUCGGAAAAUGGCACAUGGACCGGACCUGAACCAUUAUGCCUAGAUGCUCAGUGUGAGAUGCCAAGUGCGCCAAAGCAUGGUUUCGUUGAACUGUUGGGUGGAAAUCCUAGAGUUGGAAGUAUCGCCAUUUACAAGUGUGAAGAUGAGAGAAUACUAGUGGGCUCAACCACAUCUAAGUGCCUUGAGAUCGGUGAAUGGACUUUUCCUACACCAAAAUGUGUGGAGCCAUGUAUAGUGCCGGAUGUGCAACAUGGAAAAAUUGGAAGAUAUGCUACAAAAAGAUGGAAUAGACAGAAAGUAUACACUGAGCUGCCAGUAGGAACAUCUUUCAAAGAUGGCGAGGAACUGUAUUUAAAGUGUGACAAUCAGUAUGAACCGUUGGGAAGGAAUAAGCAAGAAGAGAAGGUAAUCUGCGAAAAAGGACAAUGGCUUGAAACACCCACUUGCGAACCAGCAAAAUGCCGAUCGCAACCUCCAGAUAUGCAAAACGGCAAAGCAGCAAAUAUCAACAGGGAGCAUACUGGUUACGUUGUUUACUAUUGUGCAAACAAUUUCAAGAAAACGAAGUAUGGAAAUGUCACUUGCCGUUUUGGAACUUGGGAAGGAAUUCCGCCUACAUGCACUGACAGGCGUUGUUAUGUGGAUAAACUCCAAUUUCCAGGACUCGUGAAAGGAAGAAAAAAUAUAUAUAAGCACAGAGAGGUAUUCAGAUUUGAGUGCGAAAAGGGAUACGAUGUCACGGAGUCAGAAAAGAAGCUUGUAUGUAAUGAAGGCACAUGGAAGGGAAACUUACCUCCUUGUAAAGCAGCAAGCUGCGUAACCUCUCCACCUUCCAUAAAAAAUGGAAGAAUUAAAUCUUAUUCUGAGCUUCACAGCAGUUUUGUGAGUUAUGAAUGUGAGGAAGACUAUUUCUUGCAGUCGUCAUCAAAUGUCCAAUGCUUGUUUGGAGAGUGGAAAGGAAAUCCACCGUUAUGUAAAGACGCUCGCUGUUAUUUUCAGAAUCUAAAGUUUAAAAAUGGGAUGACGGUCCCUUUCAAAGAUCCUGUUCUCAACGGAGAAGUUAUAGAAGUAAAAUGUGCUGCAGGUUAUUCUGUUACUUUAAGCGUUAAACCCCCCUGGUGUUCGAACGGACUAUGGACUGAAUAUGGAACAUCACCCUGCAAACCGAACAAUUGUCCAGUUCAUCAAAUAAACAAUGGAGCUUUCACAAAACGUUUAGCAAAGGUAGUAUGGCGUUGGAACGGUCGUGUCACGGAAUACGAAUAUGUGAUGGAGACAAUAGGGACUACGAAACCAGCUGAAGAGAGACUCUAUGUCUCAUGCCUUUACCCUUUUACUUUUCAAGGAAGAAACGAUAAUGAUGUACAAGUAGUUUGUUCGGGAGGAAGAUGGACACCAACUCCAGCUGCAAGAAUUGUAGACCUUGGCAUUCAUCCGAAUAUCCCAGUUGUGUAGUGCCUGUAAGAGGUGAUGUCAUCAUUAAUCUAGACAGUAACCAGAAAAUCCUUCCUGGUGGUAUUUUGACUAUAGACCAAGGAGCAGAUGUUAAAUUUUAUUGCAUCAGCAAUGGCAUUGCAGAUUAUCCGUCUUGGACUACAACUGUUCCCGACCAAUUACUUUCAUUUAAAUCACUUGAUCAAUCGGAUGGAUAUGAUACAUAUUUAAAUACUCUGUCAAUUCACAAUGCAAGUCCACGGCAUAACGGAUUUUAUAGAUGCUCCGUUUCAGGGAAUAGAGCACGUGAGAUUCAGAUAUGUAUUCAUGCCAAGUGCAAAAUGUUUGAUGAGAGCGAAGAGUUCAAUAUUCAUUAUGACAAUAAGCAAGAGAUCAAUAGCAGUGUACUGUUCACUUGCAAAAACUCUAAUACGAAAUUAGAAGGUCCGAAUCUGCUAACUUGUUUGUCAAAUGGGGAAUGGUCUGGACAUCCUCCCAGAUGUGUUUCUAAAGGAUGUCCACAAUUGCCAGAAACUGGCACCAUGCUGAUCACAUAUAGUCCGGAGGAUCGAGCGAGAGGCAGCACAGCAACUUUUCAUUGCUUCCAGCCCAGUGUGCGAAAGGGAAACUCUUUCAUUAAGUGUCUACCGAACGGUGAAUGGUCAGGCGUGGUACCAACCUGCACGUUGCCCAGUUGCCAGAUGGAGAAGCUAUUUGAACACGUUCCAGAAAAUGUUGUGCCCAACAUGAUAAACGUCACCAACGGGACUCUGCCAUACGGUUUUGAGCUGCAACUCACUUGUGAAGGUGAUCUGAGAUUAACUGAACCAGCCACUGCUAAGUGCGGUCGAAAUGGGGACUGGGAGGUUCCUAAAGUUAGCUGUGUACCCGGGUGCACAUCGAUUCAAGUACCUGCAGAUUCUAAUCUAAUAAUUGAUCCCGAAAGGGCCUUCUAUAGAUUCGGCGAAUUUGUAUCGUUAUAUUGUAAUCCAGGACAUGUUUUGAGUGCUGAAGUGGAAAGACUGAUGUGUUUGAGAGACGGUUGGUCUGAAAACACCAUACCGACAUGCGUAGAUCCAUCUUCACUGACUGAAGUGGUAUGAACAGAAUCCAAACGUUGUAUUUCCUUAAGAUGCGUGUUAAUGAAAAAGUAUACAUUUUUUCUUUUUUGUAAAUAAAAUUGCCAACUUAGAA